AUGGCUUCAUCACCACCCAAAGAACCGCAUCUGGAGCAGCUCGAGGUGGGCAGAAGGGCAGAGACCGAGCCCAGCCUCCGUGAUACCUUGCGCUACUACCAGCCGGCCGUGAUCUGGUCGGUUCUGAUCUCGCUCACCACGGUCAUGGAGUCCUACGACAUGCAGAUAGUCCACUCCUUCUAUGCGUUUCCGCAUUUCCAGCGGGAGUAUGGAGUGCAGCUUAAAAAUGGCGAGUACAGCAUCCCGGCCAAGUGGCAGCUGGCUCUGAACUGCGCGAGCCUCCUGGGGCUGAUGUCAGGCACCUUCCUCAACGGCUGGGCGUCUGAGAGAUUCGGAGCCCGGAAAGUCAUCAUGAUAUCGCUUAUUGCAUUGACCGCGUUUGUCGCCAUCACCUUUGUAUCGCCCUCGGUGGAGGUGCUUUUCGUGGGCGAGCUGCUCUAUUCGAUCCCCUGGGGCUUUUCGCCGCUGCCACCCCGUCGUAUGCGUCAGAUCUGCCCUCUCGUCCGUCGCGGAUACGUCACCGCAUUCGUGAACCCGUGUUGGGUCAUGGGCCGACUGAUAUCCACCGGUGUCCUGACCGGCACACUGAACAUCCCUUCCCAGGGGCCCUAUCGGUUGCCGUUCGCUCUACAGUGGAUAUUUCCUCUACCCUUGUUCAUUGUCGCGUGGUUUUGCCCCGAGUCUCCGUGGACCAAUCUUCGGCGAUCAGAAAUCUCGAUAAUCAGCUGGGGCUGCCAGCUUCUCCCCUGCUGGGCCAUCCAGAACUACAUCACUUACUUCUUCAGUCUUGCCGGAUUAUCGCCUGGCAACUUGUUCAAGAUCACGCUUGGUAUUGUUUAG